AUGGCUUUCAACUUUUUUAACAGCUCAUCUAGAGGAAACGGAGUACCGGUAGCCUUUACACCACUUCCAGGUACAUUUUCUGAUGAAGCCGACAAUGAAGAUAAUCUGGAAUCGAAUAGCAAUACCAAUGGUUCCGCUUCUGAUAUUCCAAGACUAAUCAAAGUGUGUCUUUAUGUGCCAUUAACAAUACUGUAUUAUGUUCUGAACCUACUGCUAACGCUUGUUGGCAUGUUCAAACCAGUGAGCAACAUAUUCCAUUUCUAUACAAAAAAGGACAAUCAUUUCGGCGAUGACAUGGCCACGCAAUUUGUCAAUGUCAUAGACUCUUUAUCUGCAUAUACUGCUGCCAACGAGAGAAGCGGGUACACGUUUGAAGUGCUAUACAAUAUAGAGAAUGGUGUGUUGAGCAAAAACAUGCUCAAGGGAGGCUACACGGACAUUUUGCAUAAGUGUUCCAACGAUGCGAAAAUUGCCAUACUGUAUUUCUUUGAUCCAUUAUUAUAUGACCCAUAUGAGUAUAUUAGCAAAAUUCUAACUACCACGGAAUUUGUGGAGUGUGUCAAGAAGUAUAACUGCCUAGUUUGGUUUUGCGAUGUAACAACUCCUCAGGGAUUGCAAACGGCAAAUGCGUUAAAGGUUAGACAGUUCCCAUUUCUUGGGGCGCUAGCGCCACGGUCCAGCAAUAAGAUGAAGCUUAUUGCAAGGGUGGAGGGACCGUUGUUUGACUACGAUUUCAGUCGGUUUGAGUCAAAGCUAUCGACAUAUUACCCCACGUUACUUGAAAUAAGAAGACAAAGACAAUACGAAGAGGUGCAAAGGUUGCUCCGUGAGCAACAGGACUCGAGGUUCCAAGAUUCGCUAAGGAGAGAUCAGGAGAGAGACAGGGCUGCAGAGGAAGUUGCAUUAAAGAGCCAAUGGCUAAUAUGGAGGAAGUCUACUUUGGCGCCAGAACCGGCUUCUGGUGGGUGUAGGGUGAACAUCAGGCUUGAGAACGAGAGGGUGAUUAGGAGGUUCGAUGAGAACUUGCCUAUUGAAGAGAUAUAUGCGUAUAUUGCACUAAAAAGGGCAGGCUUGCUAUCGCCGAACGAUACCAAUAGCGACGAAGUAGAAGGAGAAGUUCAGCGGCCCAAUUACGAUUACCAGUUCGACUUUGAGUUGUACUCCCCAGUGCCACGGACGUACCUCGAGCCCUCGACUCUAAUAAAGGACGAGGACGCGAUAUACCCAUCGGGGACAAUAAUUGUAGAAUCCGCCGAAUAA